AUGGCGCCGGACGCCAACUACCACGACACUACAGAAUCUCACUGCCGCCAGCGGCGCCCGAGUGCAACCAUCAUGCUAGUGCCGGACCUUGCCUCGCCUGACCCGGCCGACGUCGACGGGGCCACCCCCCUGUCAGACUUCGGCACACCUUCGUCGCCGACAAGCAGCACCAGGUCGUCUCACCACCGACUCCCGCUGCACUACGCACAUUCUCACCACCUUGCCAACCAGCCGAAGCCCCGCCAGUAUCAACGUCGCUCGUACGCACACUCUCACCACCUACACAACCAGACAUCGCCAAGCCUUGGCGCGCACCCGUGUGAGGCAUCGCCUCCAAACACCUUUGCUCGUCCCCCUGCCACUUCCAUCUCAAAUUCAUCAGCGUAUGCCAUGUCGCGUCACGACUCGGACAUGUCGUCUGCCGCAGAGGAAGGCGCGGCUGGGCCAGUACCCACCGAGGGCACUGCGCUGAUUGCCGAAAACGACAAGGGCAACUGGUACCACGGUCCCCUGUUUAUGACGGCUGUGAAGUUGGGCAUACUGUUUGUGUGCUUUAGCGGCCUCUUGCUUGGGACACUCUACUUUGGCAUGCCCAACGUUGCAGAUGAGGACCGUCCCGCGCUCAAGAUUCCGCACAGCUUUGCAGAACUCCAGGCUCUCAAUGAACUGCUGCACAAGUACAAGGGCCUGUACCCCUGGCGUCUGUGUUUGUGUGGAUUCGUGGCUUACCUCUAUGUGCAAGCCUUCACUCUUCCGGGAUCAAUGUACAUUUCGAUCCUGUUUGGAGCGGCCUUUGGCAUCGUUCCAGGCCUGAUCCUCUCCUGCUUGGGCGACUCGUGCGGCUCGAUUCUCUGCUACACCCUGUCGGCGAUUCUCGCACCGCCACUCCUCGAGUUGCCCUUUUACCGCAGGAAACUCGAGUCGUGGCGCAAGAAGAUCAUGGGCGACCCAGACAAGGGCGAGGAGGUCGGCUGGGACAGUGUGUUUACGGUCCUCGUCGUCCUGCGCAUCAUGCCCCUGCCCCCACACUGGAUGGCAAACUUUGUCGCUCCCCACCUCGGCAUCGGCAUGGGAAUGUUCUGGCUCACAUGUUUCAUUGGCAUUGCCCCCGUGUCUGUUAUCCACGUCACCAUCGGUUCGUCGCUCGAUCAAAUGUCCUCGGCCGAGGACUUUCACAUUCUCUCGGUCCGCAACGUUCUUGGACUCGGCGCUGUCAUUGUUGCUGUCCUCAUUCCUGUCGGACUCAAGCGUGUCUUCCGCAAGGACCUCGGCGAGUUUGCGGACGAGGAAGAGGAGACAGCGCUCGUCGAGGGCCUCGACAACCUGGAGGACAUUCCGGCUCCCAUUCCUGUCGAAUUCGAUGAGCAUGGCCUUCCGAGGAGGUAUCAGGCUGUCGAUUCUGGCGUGCUUCUCGCCGGCCCAUCGGAGGGAGACCCGGCGUUCGACCUCGAGCCCGAGACACGUCCGCCGAGGAGCCAGGGCAAGAGCCGCGGCGUCCACAUUAUUGCCAGCAUUGAAGAAGCAGACUCGGAUGGCCCAGCCUACGAACUCGGCCACACUGCUGGCAACGUUGGCCCGUCAAAUGGAAAGACCCGCUCAGGCUUCCGGCCGCUUACCGGUUACGGCGCCAUCGAGCCCGUGGCGUCUGGAGAACAGCAUGCAGGCCCGUCAACUCGCUGGUGGCGCUUUGCUGGCAACUAG